AUCAGCCGUGCGCUACUGACUCCGGUCGCCUGUCUCUUGUCCUCCGCUCUUGACCUUUGACGACAAUGUCUGCGGAUAACAGCACGAUUCUUGGUGUGGUUGUGUUCGCGCGCCAUGGCGAUCGCCAGGGGUUCUACCAGGAUCCGCAGACGUACACGGCGUCCGCGACGGUGAUCACGCCUUUGGGAGAGCAACAAGAGUUCCAACUCGGCUCGCUGCUGCGCUCGCAGUACCUCGACCCGAGCUCGUCGACCUACAUCCAAGGCAUCGCGAACACGAGCACGCUCUUCCAGUCCAACCAGGUCAUCGUGCGCGCGGACGCUGGCGGCGAGGGCGGCGUCAUCUUCGACAGCGCGGUCGCCCUUACCCAGGGUCUGUGGCCGGUAACGUCAAACGCGAACACGACGCUUGCGAACGGCACGACCAUCACGAGCCCUUUGAACGGGUACCAGUACGUUCCGAUCGAGUCGGUUGAGCCCGACCAGGAUGUGUCGCUUGAAGGGUUCACAUCGUGCAACACCUUUGAUGCCCACACCGCGGCGUUCUACAACUCCACUGUGUUCCAGCAGAAGCAGGCCGAGGUGGCUCAAUUCUUGAUUGACUUGAAGCCCUACAUGGACAACCGCCCUGUUACUCUGCAGAACAUGUGGAACAUCUUCGACUACAUGAACGUGCAGUCCAUCCACAAUGCGACAUUCGCGAACGCGCUCCCCGCAGGAUACCUGGAGCAGGCGCGCGACCUCGCGAACUGGCACGAGUACAACGUCUUCAGCGACACAUCUUCGACCGGCAUCGGGAACAUCGCCUUCCGCACGAUGCUGCCGUCUGUGCUGACUGCUAUGCAGCGCAUCGCCAACGCGUCUGACCCGCUCAAAUUGCACUACUCCGCGAUCGCCUACAAGCCGUUCCUGAGCUUGUUCAACAUGACCGGCGUGAACGCCGACGGUGCUCUUCCUCCCACCAUCGUGAAUUACGCCGCAGGUGUCAUCCUCGAGGUCCGCCAGCCUGCCGGCUCAUCCGAGCCCGUCCUGCGCUUCACCUUCAAGAACGGCACCGACGACGCCUCCUUCCUCCCCUACCCCAUGAGCUUCCCCGGCUGGAGCGGCAGCGCGGACCAGGACGUGCCGAUGUCGACCUUCAUCAACGCGUUCCAGCCCGCCGCGGUCAACACCACGCUCGACUGGUGCCACGUCUGCGGGCAGACGCAGGCGCGCGAGUGCGGCGCGCUCCUGGGGGCGAGCAGCUCGAACGUGCAGCUUGCGGCGCACCACGACAGGAUCUCGCCGGUUGGGGCUGGGUUCUUGGGCGCGGGCCUGACGGUUGCGGUGUUCGCGAUGGUGCUGGCGACUUUGGUGUUCUUGGGUUUCUUGUCGUUUACUCGCGGGAAGCGGCAGGGUGCGCGGAAGCCGGUCAAGAAGGACCAUGUCGAUCUGCCCUCUUCGACGAACUCUAUCUCGAAGGAAUCGGCUUAAACCACUCAAAAUGACACGAUGUAUACGCCGAAUGACGUGGCUAUGAUCUGUACGAGCUUCUACGAGAUGAUGCGGUACUUGAACGGAAGGAAUUGUCUAUACCGUUUGUACGAAUACUGGAUGUACUACUUCAGAUUCGGCCCAUCUACAGCUUUGUAUUCUUUCAUAAAAUGCAUAGCUUGUUUUUUGUAUCCGGAAAU